AUGUCGGUCAGAUCGGCCUGGAAGGCCUUGCCGCCUGCCUUCGCCCUCGGGCGCCGCGCUGCUGUCUCCUGCAGGGGAAUUAACCUGCGGCCGUCGCUUGCAUUGCCGAUCGCGGCGAGGCCACACCAGAGAAGUGCUAGCACCACCAGUUCCACAGCCGCUACAAAGACCAAGCCCGGCUCGACUGCCGGGGGUGACUCGGCCCCGGCGUGGACCGGAAACGGCGUCCUCGGAGUUGCCGUCGCCGCAGGCAUCCUGGGCUGGGGGUUCGCGACCCUGGCGACGGGCCGGAAUGCAAAGGGGUCCACGUUGUUGGACAGCAAGCAGCCACUCAUGCGGUAUGCAAGCAUGAAGGAGAUGGAGAUUGCCAUUCAAGAGAUCCGAGACGCCAUAGGUUCCGACGAGGAAAUCAUCUCUACGGACCCGGAUGACCUUCACGCGCAUGGCUACUCCGAGUGGUCCACCGUGAACACAGAAAGCCUGCCAGUGGCCGUGGCCUACCCGCGGUCCACGGAAGACGUGAGCAAGAUUGCGCAGAUCUGCUACAAAUACUACAUUCCCAUUAUCCCGUAUUCGGGUGGGACAUCACUGGAGGGAAACUUUUCUGCGCCUUUUGGAGGUAUUAGCGUCGAUUUUGCCUACAUGGACCAGAUUAUCCAGUUCAACCAGGAGGACAUGGACAUUGUGGUGCAGCCAUCUAUCGGGUGGCAGGACCUGAAUGAACAGUUGAACAAGAUGGGUAGUGGGCUAUUUUUCCCGGUCGACCCAGGUCCUAGUGCUAAGAUAGGAGGCAUGAUUGGGACCAACUGCUCUGGAACCAAUGCUGUCAAGUACGGCACGAUGAAAGACUGGGUCAUCAACUUGACCGUUGUGCUUUCUGACGGGAGGAUUGUCAAGACGCGAAGGCGGCCGAGGAAGUCCUCGGCAGGGUAUAAUCUGAAUGGUCUCUUUGUUGGGUCCGAAGGCACUUUGGGCCUGGUGACGGAAGCAACGCUCAAACUCGCCGUUGUGCCGGAGGACCUCUCCGUAGCAGUGGUGACCUUUCCCUCGAUCCGCGACGCCGCGGCGGCGGCGGCCGAGGUGAUGCAGACGGGAGUGCCCGUCGCGGCUAUGGAGAUAAUGGACGAGGUGCAGAUGCGCGUGGUCAACCUUGGCGGUGCGACGGCGCCGCGGGUGUGGGACGAGGUGCCGACGCUGUUCUUCAAGUUCUCAGGGACCAAAGCAUCAGUGAAGGAGAACAUCGGAAGCGUGCAGCGGAUCACAAAGCGCAAUGGGGGGUCGAACUUUGAGUUUGCCAAGGACUCGAGGGAGCAGAAGCUGCUGUGGAGCGCCAGGAAGGAGAGUCUUUGGAGCAUGCUUGCGCUCCGGAAAGGCGGGGAGGAAGUCUGGAGCACCGACGUGGCCGUACCCUUCAGCAGGCUCGCGGACAUCAUCGAGGUCAGCAAGAAGGAGAUGGAUGAGCUUGGCCUGUUUGCCUCCAUCCUGGGGCACAUUGGAGACGGCAACUUCCACGAGAGCAUUCUGUACAACCCCGUCAACGGCGAGCGGGAGAAGGUCGAGGAGUGCGUGAAGAAGAUGGUGAAGCGGGCCAUCGACAUGGAGGGCACAUGCACCGGCGAACACUCGAUCGGGUGGGGCAAGAAGGACAGUCUCUUGCUUGAGGUCGGGCCCGAUACGCUGGAUGUCAUGCGAAGCAUCAAGGCGUCGCUAGACCCGCGCUGGAUCAUGAACCCUGGUAAGAUCUUUGACCGCCAACCGUGA